AUGAGUAAUGGUGACAAAGCGCAAGUUGAUAGCAUGAAGCAGUUUGGGAUACCAACGUCGAAGAUAAUGGCUUACAUGGCUGGUCAAUCUGGAGGGUAUAGAAUGCUACGAUUUACAAAGCGUGAUUUGUAUAAUUACGUACACAGGCAAAGGCUGGCCCAAAUCAGUGAUGGUGAUGCUGCAACAACGAUUAGUUACUUGGAGGGCAAGGCGAAUGCUGACAUGACGACUGUCGCACGUUACACGCGAACUGCCGAUAAUCGGCUGGGGAGCCUUUUCUGGGUCGACGGUGAGAUGAUGUCAGACUAUCAGUUAUUUGGAGAUGUUCUGGCUUUUGAUUCGUUGUAUCGGUCUAAUAAGUACAAGAAACCGCUUUUAGUGUUCUCCGGGUUAAAUCACCACAAACAGACAACCAUUUUUGGAUUUGCGCUGCUGGAGGAUGAGGAAGUUCGUAGUUACAAAUGGCUACUGUUAAAUCUUGUAGACGUAAUGGGAGAGAAGACGCCGUGCAUUGUUGUGACAGAUGCAGACAAAGCGAUGCGCGCAGCCAUUGCGGAGGUGUUCCCGGUAGCUAGGCACCGGCUGUGUGGGUGGCACUUGGAGAAAAAUUGUGUCCAGAGGGUUAAGGAUACCAAUUUCAGGAAGGUCUUUAAGAAGGCUAUCUAUGAGAACUUCGAGGUGGAGAACUUCGAGGAAUAUUGGAAGACGGCGGUGGAGUCACUUGGCCUACAAAAUAAUAGUUGGGUUCAAAGCACAUACGAGGUCAAAGAAAGUUGGGCAACAGCAUAUCUCCGGGACACGUUCUGUGCAGGAUACAGGACAACCUCAAGGUGUGAGGGGAUUAAUGCAUACAUAAAGGGGUUCCUGAAAUCCACUGAUAACAUUUUAAAGCUGGUGCACAACUUAGAUUGCAUUGUAAAGGAUUAUCAAAACAACAAAGUCACGGCGCAGUUCUAUUCUACGUACUAUAGCCCCGUGUUAACCACCGGUCUUGACUCUAUUGAGCUUUUUGCAUCAAAACUGUACACGCGAGCAGUUUUUAGAGAGGUGAAGAAACAAAUCAAGGGUAUUGCGACCUUGCUGUUUCGUGGGAGAGACAACAUAAGUACAACGGUUGUCUACAAGUUUUCAAGGAUGGGCGCCCCUAGUAGGAUUCACAAGGUUUUGUUCGACCCCGAUGACAAGAAAAUUCAGUGCGAUUGUGCGAUGUGGAAUAGCGAGGGUAUUCCAUGUAGUCACAUAUUCUGCAUGAUGAAAUACGAGGGUUUGGAACAAAUACUGGAGAGUCUUAUAAUGAGAAGAUGGUGCAAGGAUGCAAAGGAUUGUAGACGGAUGCCGGUGACUAUGAGAUCUUGA